AAAAACAUGCAAACAUUGCAAGUGCUCCAAAGACGGACACGAGAUAGUGGCAGAGCAUGGAGCUCGAUCGCGACUCGGCUUCGUAGCAACCCAUGAUGGGUUAGACGCUAGAUCCUUAGGAUACACCUUCGUGCCUCCAGGUCUUACCAGUGCUAGACAGGUAGACCAAUAUUAUUCCACUCUGCCUUCUGAGGAAGUUCCAAAACUCGGGUCCAAAGGUGAAACCAAUCGUUCCCAAAGAAUUGUUAGACAAUUACCGAAGCAGGAUUUGUCGUUGUCUGCUUGCAAGUUUGUCGAGCCUCAGAACCAAGCUAGUUAUGAAGAUUUUAUUUCUGGACGAAACCAAGUAGCCCUCGACGUAGGCUUAGCAAAACCCACUCCGCCCAAUAGUAUUUGUGCUCAUUGUCAAAAACCUAUCCAUAGUCAACAAAUCAGUGUCGCUGCCCCUAGAUUAGGAAAAUCGGUGUGGCAUCCCUCCUGUUUUAAGUGUACUAGCUGUGAUGAUCUCCUAGUGGAUCUUGCUUACUGUGUUUACGAGGAUAAUAUAUAUUGCGAAAGACAUUACGCUGAAAAAAUGAAGCCAAGGUGUGCUGGAUGCGACGAGUUAAUUUUCAGUGGAGAAUACACCAAGGCUAUGAACAAGGACUGGCACGGCCAACAUUUCUGCUGCUGGCAAUGUGACGAAAGCCUCACUGGUCAACGCUAUGUUCUCCGCGAUGAACAUCCAUACUGCGUCUCCUGCUACGAAUCAGUCUUCGCCAAUGCUUGCGAAAAAUGUAGCAAGGUCAUCGGUAUCGACUCUAAGGAUUUGUCCUACAAAGACAAGCAUUGGCAUGAAGCCUGCUUCCUCUGCACUACCUGCGGAGAGUCCCUGGUAGACAAACAGUUCGGAUCUAAAGGUGAUAGAAUCUACUGCGGCAACUGCUACGACCAACAGUUCGCCUCCAGAUGCGACGGAUGCCAUGAGAUCUUUAGAGCUGGUACCAAGAAAAUGGAAUACAAGACCAGACAAUGGCAUGAGAAGUGUUUCUGUUGUUGUGUAUGCAAGGUACCAAUCGGUACCCAGAGCUUCAUCCCUCGUGAACAAGAAAUCUAUUGCGCCAAGUGUUAUGAAGAAAAAUUCGCAACUCGCUGCAUCAAGUGCAACAAGGUCAUCACCAGUGGUGGGGUAACUUACAAGAACGAACCCUGGCAUAGGGAGUGCUUCACUUGCACCAACUGCCAACGCAGCUUAGCAGGUGAACGUUUCACGUCCCGCGACGACAAGCCUUACUGCGCCGAAUGCUUCGGCGAACUGUUCGCCAAGCGCUGCACCGCUUGCAGAAAGCCCAUCACUGGUAUUGGCGGCACCAAAUUCAUCUCUUUCGAGGAACGCCACUGGCACAACGAUUGCUUCUUCUGCGCUUCCUGCAAGACCAGCUUGGUCGGACGCGGAUUCAUCACCGAUCAGGACGACAUCAUCUGUCCGGAUUGCGCCAAGACCAAGCUUAUGUAA